AUGGUAUCUGAUCCUUUAGAGCACGGGUCUCCUAGACUGAUCAAGGAGGAGGCAGAGUGUUAUGCACCUGCCCCUGCUCCUAGUAGGGAGCAAAAUAGCAGAGUCAAGUCAUCUAUGGGUGCUGCAGAAUUUAGGAAGAAAUAUGUAAGCCAUGUGUAUUUAGAGGCAAGAAGGAGAGAAUUCCUAGCAUUGAGACAAAGGCAGCUUACAGUCUCCGAAUAUGAGUGGGAGUUCAUGAGACUUAGUGGAUAUACAUUGGAGAUAAUGCCUACAGAGGUUGAUAGGUGCAGGAGAUUUAAGGAUGGAUUAAAUGAUAACAUCAGACUGAUAGUUACUUCUCAUCGCUUUACCGACUUCUCUUUGUUGGUAGCAUCAGCUCUUGAUGUGGAGAGAGUCAGAGAUGAUCAGCAGUCCAGGAGAGACAGACAGCGUAAGAGAGGUCCUGGACAGGGCCAGUUUAGUGCACCAGCUACUAGUAGUAAGAAGCAUAAGGGUUCAUAG